UCCAGGCACCCAGGUCGGUGCUGUUGGUUCUUUCGGAGUGGUUCGUUGUGGCGCACAUGAAAAAGUUGUCAGUGCUGUGCUUGCUGGCCCUGGUGGCUUUGUCAAGUGCCAAACUGGUAGUGAGGCAAGAUGACCAUCAUCACGAUGAACUGGACUGGUGGGAGUCCGGAGUGUUUUACCAGAUCUAUCCAAGGUCGUUCAAAGAUUCGAACAACGAUGGGAUAGGGGAUAUCGGUGGCAUCAUGGAGAAAUUGGACCAUUUGGUGGAUCUGGGUGUGACGGGAGUGUGGUUCAGCCCGUUGUUUAAGUCACCGAUGAAAGAUUUCGGGUACGACAUUUCCGACUUUAAGGAUGUGGACCCGUUGUUCGGUACGUUGGACGAUCUGAAAGAAUUGUUCGUGAAAGCCAAGGAGCUGGGCAUUAAAGUGAUCUUGGAUUUCGUUCCGAAUCACACCAGUGAUGAACACGAGUGGUUCAAAAAGGCAGUGGCUGACGAUCCGGACUACGUGGAUUAUUAUGUGUGGAGAGAUGGAAAAGUAGAUGGAAGCCCACCAAACAAUUGGCAAUCUGUGUUCCACACUGAUGCAUGGACUAAGCUGGAUGGAAAAUCCAAGUACUAUUUGCACCAGUUCGACGCCGGGCAACCGGACUUGAACUACGAAAACCCAAAGGUCAAGGAAGAAAUGGACGAUAUGCUCAACUUUUGGUUCGAACUAGGAGUGGACGGCUUCCGAAUCGAUGCCAUCAACCAUGCCUACGAGGAUCAGGAAUUUCUGGAUGAGCCAAUCAUCGACGCCAACAAGGGACUGUUCUACGAAAACAUGGAUCACAUCUACACGACGAAUCAGAACAAAUCAUACGACUUGAUCUACGACAUGCGCCUGUUGUUCGACGAGUGGUCUGAAAAAUCGGGGGAAACCAAACUAAUGAUGACGGAAGCGUAUGCUGAUUUGGAUCAGACAAUGCUCUGGUACGGAAAUGGUAGCCGAAAUGGGUCACAUUUUCCUUUCAACUUUGCCAUGAUCAACAAGCUGUCCGAAAGUUCCAACGCUGCCGACUUCAAGACAGUUAUCGAUGAGUGGCUGGAUAAUAUGCCCGCUGGAGCCAACGCGAACUGGGUGCUGGGUAAUCACGACCGUCCUCGUAUUGCGUCUAGAUAUGGAAGCGAUCGUGCAGCUAGUUUCGCCAUUUUGGAAAUGACCCUGCCGGGUAUUGCCGUGAUUUAUUACGGUGAGGAAAUCGGUAUGGAAGACUACCGUGACAUCAGCUUCGAAGAUACCCAGGAUCCGCAAGCUGCCAACACCAACGAAGAAAUUUAUCAGCUGUACACCCGUGACCCGGUGAGAACUCCCUUCCAGUGGGAUGCAACUGCUUUUGCAGGCUUCACAAGCAACUUGGCCGAAAAGACGUGGCUGCCCGUCCAUCCAAACUAUGAGGAAUUGAAUCUGGCAGCACAGAAAGAAGAUCCCAAAAGUCUUUACAAGCUGUAUCAAAAUUUGAUCCAACUUCGGAAAAAACACACCUUCGUUCAUGGCAGCUUUGCGUCCAAAGCUUUGGUGAAUAACGUUUUUGCAUACACCCGAAAGUUGGCUGACCACACGUCGUACGCCGUCGUUGUUAACAUGAACUCGAUGGAAGCACAGCUCAAUUUCAAGAAUUUGGAGGAUCAAGCCACCAGUCUGAAGGUUGUCCUAAGCACUCCCAACUCGAAGUACGAGGUCGAUCAGGAAGUGACCAAUAUCGAGUCGCUGACUUUUGAUAGGUACGACGCGGUAGUGUUUGAGAUCGUAAGCGGCAGUGCAGCCAUCACCGGAUCGUUGACAUUACUUCUGGUGUCUGUACUGAGGUUUUUGUUCUAGGAAUACUUAGACUUAUCGAAUAGAGUACUAUUGUGGGUCAAUGAGAGUUAAUUAUUAGAUACAAAUGAAUAUCUUGUUUGUUUUGUUCGGUAGCGUGAUUAAAGUAAUGUGAUACACGACAAA